GGAGCUUUAUUUCAACAGCCUCUCAGGGAGCAUCCCUGCUGGCAUCAGCAACAACCUAACCUCCCUGGUGUAUCUGGGGCUCUCCUUCAACAAUCUCACCGGUGUCGUUCCUGCCACUAGCGCAUUCCUUGAAACCAUAGACCUCUCCCACAACCACUUCACCAGAGUGCUUACGGACAUCAAUGCCUAUGUAAUCAAGCUGAGCCACAACGACAUCAGGAGACUCCCGCCCAUCAAAGGCAGCGUGUUGAUAAUUCGUGAACUAGACCUCAGCUACAAUCCUCUCAGUAAAGGCUUGGAUGACCUUUUUUGGAUGGACCCACCUGAUGAAUUAGUACUGAAUCUUGGAUCAUGCAACUUCUCAGGUCCUUUUCCAUUCACGCCCAUUGGAUUCAAACUGCUCAACCUCUCACACAACAACUUCACGGGACCUCUUCCACCAGAAAUGGCUGCCCAGAAGCUCUUGGAAACUCUCAACAUAUCCCACAACCAAUUCUAUGGCGUUGUUCCAAGUGCCUUUUGGGACCUGACAGGCCUAGUGUCCCUCUUCAUGGCUCACAACCAGCUCGAGGGGCCUCUUGCUGCUGCCCUCUUUGCCCCAGGACUUGCUGUUUUUGAGGUGCAAGGCAAUGCAUUCUCUGGAUCAUUACCUGACUUUGCUUCGUGGAAACUUCCAUCCCUAAUUCUGCUCGAUGUGAGCGACAAUCAGCUCAGUGGCUCCAUCCCUGACUCCAUUUCUCGCUUUGUAACGCUGCAGCACCUGGGUCUUGGAGGCAACAACUUGAGUGGCCCCAUACCUGCUACUCUGGGUAGACUACUCAGUCUUACAUCCCUGAACGUCUCGGGCACGGGGCUGACCUGCCCUGCAGACGGCAGCAAGUGUGUGGUGCAGCAGGGCAACACCACCAGCUUCUGCCGCCUCUGCUCCUCCUUCUGCUCCUCCUGCACGCCCCGUGCAUGGUCAGCACUCUCCGAGGUACCCGUGUCAGCAGCAGCACCAGAGUCAGCUGCAGCACCAGCAGCUGCACCAGCGCCAGCACCAAAGGCCCAAUCGGCAUCUGCCCCUUGCACGCUCAUUGCUGCUGCCAUCAACUUAUCUGGAGCUGCUGCUGCUGCCACCCUUUCGCUCCUGAUGUCAGGAAUGUGA